AUGUUUCCACGCGUCCUGGAUCCGCGCUUUCUCGGCACGCAGCCCAGUGCUGCCGGCAAACACAACGCAGACGACGCUAAAGCAUUAGUACCACCCCUACAGCAGCAGGCCCGGGCUCCCCGACGCACCGACUCAGUGUCGUCCACAGCGUCGGUGGCGUCGUGGCCGUCGGUGUUUGAUGAAGAUACCAACGGGUUGACCGACCACGACUUACUUCAACGAGGUUAUGACGUGGCAGCGUACGUGAUGGAGCAGUGCCGCGUCCUCCCUGCCAACACCGUUGACGCGCAGUCCAAGGUCCUUACGAUUGUGAACACAUUUAUCGUGCCAGGCACAAUGAACGAGGUGCUGGAUGUGUACUCGCGAGACCAACAGCUAGGUUUUCAAGCGUUCCUGCUACGGGUGUUUCAAGAUUCUCUGACGGAAGCCAUGUGCGUCCGCCGCGUGACGCAGCCGCUGCGACGACCGUCUUCGCGAGAGGGGGACGACUGCAGCAGCAACAACGACGAGUACUACACAGCCAGUAACCACAGCAGCGGUAGCGGUAGCAGUAGCACCACCACCAGUACCAUCCACGACUUCACUGGGUGCACCACGUCCAUCAAAGCUGUGAAACUCAACGAAAAGCGACUGUUUCGCACGUCCACGCAUGACCUGCACCUGCUGGAUUUCGUGCAAAAGCUGUCGGACACGACGUUUGUUCGGGUGUUCAAGAGCCUCGAUGCCCCACGCCCCCACCACAAACACGACAGUCGAGUGACCAACGUCUUGUUUGGGUUCCACAUGGACGAAGUGCAUUCUGGAGGGGUCAAGGUGACGUUUUACGGCCAGCACGUGGGCAAGAAGAACUCGUUCGCAUACGCGAUGCUGCACCAACUGUCGGGCUCUGUGGGGUUGCUGGCCACGGCGGUGUGGCGCCGCCGACUCGUGCGUCUGUGCGUUGCCCGGCCGACGCCGUCCGCCGCCACGACGUGUCACCUCUGCAGCCACAACCUAUCGCGACGGACGCAGACCCAGUGCCGCCUCUGCGAUCACACCGUGUGCACCCACUGCUCGCAGGUCGAACGCGCCGAGUCGGCGCGAUGCAUCGAAGUCGACCUCCGAGUGUGCAACGUGUGUCUGGUGCAGUGCCAAGCGAAUUUGGUGCUCACCAACAAGGCCCCGGAUGCCAAGCACCCGCAAUAUCUCACCACCGACGACGAUGAAGAAGGGAGGUGCUUGCCACGUAUCAGCGAAGUCCUCGGCACAGGACAAGUCCGACAUCGCGGUCAUAGCACGGCGAAAGCGCACGCUCCUCCUACUGCCGCAGCCCCCCUCUCGUCCUCGAGCCAACCGAUUGCAUCCAAAGGACGGGUGUUGAGUGGCGUACUCGGGUAUUCCACGCCUCGUGGUGCAACUGGCCAUUACGUGGCACAACCGGGGGGUCCUUCCACCGGACCCCACUAUGACGAUCUUGAUCGACCCAUGUCGUCCACCCAUGGAACAAGCAGCAGCGCCAGUCGACCCGCCCCUCGCCGCGUCCUCAGCGCCCACGCCAGUUCGACCUCGGGGGACGCCAUCCCACGCCAACGAGGUGCCAGUGGAGCCGCCAUAACUCGACCAGCUUUGGACACUAUUCGCAUUUCUGUUCAAGCCGAAACCCUUCGACAAAACGCAGUUUCGAACACGGAAUUGACGAAGCGCCUCGACAAGUUAUGCGAGUCGCUGGCCGGGGCGCUCGACUGCCACCACGGGUACGUGAGUCUGCUGUACAAGGGCGGGUUUGUCGUCAAAGCCACGUCAGGCAUGGCGCAGACCAUUCGCAUCACUCGGACGGACCCGCUGAGUGUGGCGACGCUGCUGAAGGGGGGCGCGGCCCCGCUCGUGGUGCCCGACGCAACCAUAGACCCGCGCUUCAAUACAUCCGUCCGGGUGACGGGGAGGGAGUGUGUCCGGUACUACGUCGGCCUCAUGCUGGUCACGUCCGACGGGAUUGAGCUGGGCACCGUGUCGGUCAGCGACGGACUUCCCCGCGCCCGAUUUGACGCAACCCACCGCCGUCUCUUGCACUGGUUUGCUUCGACGAUCGUAGACGAAAUCGAGCAGUGCUGCCGUUGA